GAGGCUGGCGCCGUCCCUCCGCGUGGAUGUAUCCACCGCAUGAGCGAAGAGGAACUCGAGGUGCUUCGCGCACAACUCGAUGACCUUCUCGACAAGGGUUGGAUUCGCCCUUGUUGCUCGCCAUACGGUGCCCCUGUUCUCUUCGUCCGGAAGAAGAACAAAGAUCUACGGUUAUGCAUCGAUUAUCGAACACUUAACGCACAAACCGUAAAGAACGCCGGCCCUAUCCCUCGGAUUGAUGAUCUUCUUGAGCGGUUAGGCGGCGAGACGUACUUCUCGAAGUUGGACUUGAAGUCAGGUUACCACCAGAUUGAAAUCCAGCCUCAAGACCGGUACAAGACCGCGUUCAAGACGCGGUACGGGCAUUUUGAGUGGGUUGUCAUGCCCUUUGGCCUCACCAAUGCCCCCGCGACUUUCCAAGCAGCGAUGACGACUGAGUUUCGCGACUUGCUCGAUCGCAGCGUCCUCAUCUACCUUGAUGACAUCUUGGUUUACAGUAGGACGUUGGACAAGCACAUCAUACAGAUUCACAUUGUUCUGGAUCGUUUGCGACUAGCCAAGUACAAAGCGAAUCUCGAGAAGUGCGAAUUCGCCAAGCAAGAGCUUGAGUACUUGGGUCAUUUUGUCACGCCGAAAGGCAUUCGUCCCUUAGCSGACAAGAUCCAAGCCAUCGUGGAUUGGCCGGAACCCCGUUGCACGACGGAUGUACGCUCUUUCAUGGGUUUGGCUGGAUAUUAUCAGCGAUUCGUCGAGUCAUACUCGAAAGUGACCGCUCCUAUGUCGAGACUUCAGUCCCCGAAGGCGUUGGAGAAACAGCCAGCUGCUGUAGCAGCUGCAGGGCCUUCCACCCUUACCACCCGUGUGCAAGUUUUGGAGGAUGAUGUCAGCAACAUCAAGCGUGUGCAUCACGACUUUCGGACGUCGCAGCAAGCAACGAACUUGCAGUUGGAGACGCAGGUCCAGGCUGCUGCCACCGUGACGCCCGCCGCCGCAUCCUCCCGGCGCCCACCCAAGCUGGAUGACAUUCCCGUCUUCUGCGAUCAGUCCAAGACGAAACUGAUCCCGUGCGAUUCCAAGUGGAGCCGCCCUAGCAGCUCACCUUACGGUGCGCCCGUUCUCUUCGUUCGGAAGAAGAACAAGGACCUUCGACUUUGCAUUAACUACCGACGCCUCAACGCGCAAACCAUCAAGAACGCGGGGCAUCAACCUCGCAUUGACGAUUUGCUUGAGCGGUUGGGCAGCGCCAAGUACUUUUCGAAGUUGGACCUCAAGUCGGGCUACCAUCAGAUUUCCAUCCGCCCGCAAGAUCGGUAYAAAACCGCGUUUAAGACGCGAUAUGGGCAUUUUGAGUGGGUAGUUAUGCCUUUUGGCCUCACCAAUGCCCCGGCCACCUUUCAGGCGGCCAUGACCACCGAGUUUCGCGCUAUGUUGGACCGCUUCGUUUUGGUCUACUUWGACGACAUCCUCGUCUAUAGCCGAACUCUAGAGGAGUAUCUCGAGCACCUUUGUCGUGUUCUAGAGACUCUUCGGUCAGCCUGGUACGAAGCUAACCGCGACAAAUGCGAGUUUGUCCGGCAAGAGCUUGAAUACUUGGGUCAUUUUGUCUCUCCCGAAGGCAUUCGUCCGUUAGCGGACAAGAUUCAAGCCAUCCAGGAGUGGCCCGAGCCGAAGAAUGUGACGGACGUCCGAUCCUUCCUCGGCUUGGCCGGUUAUUAUCAGCGCUUCAUCAAGGGUUACUCGAAGAUCGCGGCCAACCUAAGCAAGUUACAAAGCGAGGARCGGCCUUUUGACUUCGACGACGACGCGCGCCAUUCUUUUGAGACACUCAAAGAGGCCCUCUUGUCCGCCGAGGUGUUACAUAUUUACGACCCGCUUCUAGCUACGCGCGUCACUACCGAUGCGUCGGGCUAUGGCAUUGGGGCCGUCCUUGAGCAGCACGAUAGCACGGACUGGCACCCGGUCGAGUACUUUAGCAAGAAAGUAUCUCCCGUGCAUUCGAUCGACGACGCAUGGAAGAAGGAGCUUCUUGCCUUCGUCCACACCCUCAAGCGUUGGCGACAUGUCCUCCUUGGUCGGAAAGCAUUUCGAUGGGUAACGGAUAACAAUCCGUUGGUAUUCUACAAGUCGCAAGACACGAUUAACAGUACCAUUGCCCGUUGGAUGGCUUUCAUCGACCAGUUUGACUUUUUCCCCGAUCACAUUCCCGGGAAGUCAAACUGUUUUGCGGACGCCCUCUCACGGCGACCGGAUCUUUGCACCGCAAUCUACUCUACCUUCGAGAUCGACGACGACUUGCGGGAGAGCUUCAUCCGCGGCUAUCAAGCCGACCCCCACUUUCGCGACAAGUACGCGAAUUGCUCCUCUCUGAAUCCAGUGCCUUCGCAUUAUCGGAUCCAAGAGGGCUACUUACUUGUGCAUUCACRWGGUAAGGAUCUUCUUUGUGUGCCGAAUGAUUCACACUUGCGCACACGRCUUCUUGGCGAGUUUCACGAUGCGCYCGCCUCCGGACAUUUUGGUGUCAACCGUACACUUGGCCGACUUCGCCAGCGGUUCUAUUGGCCCGACCUUCUCAAGGACGUCACCCGCUAUUGUGAGUCGUGCGAAGUCUAUGGGCGUUGCAAGGCACGCACCCAUCGUCCGUUCGGCGAGCUACACCCAUUACCAGUGCCCCUUGGGCGACGGGAAGCAAUUGCUAUGGAUAUCACCGGCCCCUUCCCGAAGCACAAGACCGGCGUUGAUGGGAUCCUCACGGUCGUCGACCGCCUCACCAAGUACGCCAUGUUUUUGCCUUGCCGCUAUCACGCAAAGGCACCGGAGUUAGCCGAGGUCUUAUACACCGGUUGGAUUCGCUCCAAGGGYUACCCCAAGGAGAUCGUUUGCGACCGGGACACUCGCUUUCUCUCCGACUCUUAGGUCGCCCUCAUCAAGCGAUGGGGCUCAUCCUUGAAGCCGAGUUUGGCUCGCCACCCGCAAACCGAUGGU